AUGAAAACGUUGAUUGGAUGGUGUGUGGCGGGUGUUUUGUUGUUGGCGUUCACCGAGGCGGCUCCUCAAUUCGCGACGGCUCGCUCCACCUAUCUCACCACGUUUUCGCUUCUGGAACCGUCUUGUGUUGUCACGGGCGGAAAACUCUUCGUGAACGGGAUCGAGGACCGGACUCUCAAUUGGUCGGAGAGACACGAGUUUGAAACGUAUCAGACAUUGAAAAACAACUAUGUCAAGUUGGUGAAGCGUGCUAUCGAGAAGCAACUCAAUCGUAUGUUGCGCAACAAGGAGAGAGGAGAGUCAAAGUUCGAGGUGCAACCAUUGUUGGACGAGAGGAUCAAGGCUCCAGAGAAGCCGUCAUUUUGCUCGGAUGAGGUGACCACACAGUACGCCUUUUCCGGGUGCAUCGUACAGAACAACAAAGUGAUCAUCAAUGGAGCGAUGGUUCGCGAGUUGUCCAGUGAUGAGAUCAAAGAGCUCAAGAGCUAUCUCGCCAAGUUGGAAGAGUUCAAGAAAUGGGCCGAGAAAACCGUUGAACAGAAGAUGAACGAGGCGUUCCGGGGAAUGGUGAGUGAGUCGGUUGAGAAUUUAUCGGUUUUUGGUGGUCGUUCACGGUCUAUUUUCACGAAAUCGUCAUCAUCGACGUCUUCUCGAUCGUCGUCGCCUCAAUCGUUCGACGGAAUGUCAGUGCGAGCGCGUCUCGUCGCCCAUUCAUCGAUCACCAUCGAUCACGAAAAGCAACAAGCCGUUUAUCAAACUCGCGAUGUUGUGCCGAUGACUGACGUGAAGUGGACGAGCUUGCAGCGAUGUUGCGUCUUUCUUCCACCGAUCAUCAUUUUUGGAUUAACCAUAUUCAACACUCAGCUGGGCGUUUACUCCUUCUGGCAUCUCUACGAUCAUCAGAUCAUCGCCGCAAUUGUUGCUAACUACAUGCAGAUUCUAGUUCUCACGAACAUUUGGGCGAUGGUCAAAAGUCAAAGCAAGAAUUGUCCCCAAUAUCAAUUGCAUCGUCUCGGCAUUUCAUCCUCGUGGAUGGCAGAGUACAAGAACGAAUACACGAGGAGGGAUAGCGCCGUGAAACGUUAUUGGAAGUGGAAGCUGUGCAAGAAGUGUCAAUGUUACGCACCCCUUCGCUCGGUGCAUUGCGAGGAUUGCGGACAAUGCUCAUUGAGAAACGAUCAUCAUUGCUACCUGUUUGGAGUGUGCAUUGGAGUUGCCAACAUGCGUCACUUCAUCGUCUGCACCUACUGGAUGAUGUGCGGCGGAGCGUGGGGAGCAUCGACUUUUCUUUAUCUUCUUGCACAAAUCGUCUUUAACCAUGAGGGCAUCAUUUCCCAGAAGUACUUGCACCCGAUCCUCAGCCAAUUCAGCAGCGCUAAUCGUCACAGGCCUGUUUAUCCUAACGAAGUGUCUUCAUCGUUAUUCAACGAGAGCUUUCUGAUGUUGUUGACAUCAACGAUGGUGUUUUUCUUUUCGAUGCUUGCCUUUAUUUGCGGAGGGUUUUUCUUCUUUAUGCAGAUGUACUACACACGCCAAGGCGUUGGAAUGCGCGAAGCCGAUAGCAUUGCCCCAGUCAUUCGUGGUGAUGAUCAAGGAACGACUUUUGUGAAUCGUCUCCAAUUCUACAUCGGUAAUCCGCUGUGUGCUCAUAUUUUCAUCCCACCUCAACUUUUGCAGAUGAUUUGGCCUGAAAUGGCUGAUGUUGAGUGGUCGGAGAACUACGUGCGCUCGAUUGUCACACAGCCGUUCAAAGCAAAUCUCACGAUCAAAGAGGGAACCUAUGAGCGC